AUGGAAGAUACACCUAACGAUAUCUUUGAAGGACUUCCUCCUUUUCCGGAAUAUCAAAAGCCUUCAAAUGAUAGCGUGGAUUAUGUUACUUUGUAUGGUAUAGAUCGAUUAAUGAAAGGUCAUGCAAUGGAACCGAACCAAAUUUUACCGCACCUCUUUAUUUCAAAUGUUACAACAGCUGCAAGUCAAACCUUGCUUGCUGAAAAUAAUAUCAAAUGUACCAGAUGCAUUAAGCUCAAAUAUUUUGGACUUUCUCCUGGGAUAAGCAGAUCUGGUAGUUUAAUAAUCGCUUACCUGAUAUAUAUUGGAAGAAGUUUUGAUCAAGCAUUUAGUUAUGCAAGAUCAAUAAGACCACAAAUCCAACCAAACAGAAGUUUCAUGAAUCAACUCUAUGAAUUUGAGAGAAGAAUUCGUGAUUCGGAAAAUGUUGAAAUAAGAGAUAGUGAAAACCAAACUCAUGAAGAAGAUAAUCAGGAAUUAAAUUCACAAGAAUCUAUGUUCGAAUUAUAUGGGUUAACUUCAUUAAAUCAAACUGAUGAAUCGCAAAGUUUAUCAACUGUAUUUAAAGUUGAUGAAUCUACCGUUGGUCAAAUCCAGCUUCAUCAAAAAGAUGACCAGAUUGAUUUACCAGUUAUGCUAUGUACAAUAAACUAUGAUGCCAUAAAAAUUCAUGACGAUGAAGCUGAUCGAUUACAAUCAGAUUCAAAACAAAUUGCAUCUGAUUCGGAAAUCAUAUCAACUCCCAUAGAACAUAUUCCCAUGUCAGAUGAAGAAUUAUUCAGUUACAAUUCUUUCUCAAUAACUCAAGUUCAUGAGCCACAAAUCGCAAUUGAAGAUGAUGAGAAAAUUUCCACAAAAUAUCAAAUUCAAUUAAGUGAGAAAUCAAACCAGGCUAAUGAAUCAGAAAGUACAGACGAACUUGUGAUAAAUGAAGAUAUAAAUCAACAAAAUGAUUUUACACGAGAUUUAAAUCAAAAAACUGACAAUCAAGAACAGAUUGGAAAUAUAACUAUCCUGAAUGAAAAAAGAAAAAGGUGGAUUAAAAAGUUCGAUGGAAUUGGGUUAUUUCGAAAGUCGGAUCGUAUUUCAAAAGUUGACAAGAAAGAACGUCAAAAAAAUGCAUGCUUGGCUCGAAGUUGUUAG